AUGAGGUCGGUUAGCUACGUGCAACGCGUGGCCCUGGAAUUUAGCGGGAGCCUCUUCCCGCACGCGAUCUGCCUCGGAGACGUGGAUAACGAUACGUUAAAUGAAUUGGUGGUGGGGGACACCAGCGGGAAGCUGUUUGUGUAUAAGAAUGAUGACAGCCGGCCGUGGCUCACCUGUUCCUGCCAGGGCAUGCUGACUUGUGUUGGGGUUGGAGAUGUUUGUAAUAAAGGAAAGAACCUGGUGGUGGCGGUGAGUGCUGAGGGAUGGUUUCACCUGUGUGACCUGACGCCUACCAAGGCCCUGGAUGCUUCUGGGCACCACGAGACCCUAAUGGGAGAGGAGCAGCAUCCAGUCUUCAAGCAGCACAUCCCUGCCAACACCAAGGUCAUGUUGAUCAGCGACAUCGAUGGAGAUGGGUGUUGUGAGCUGGUGGUCGGUUACACGGACCGUGUGGUACGGGCUUUCCGCUGGGAAGAUCUGGGUGAAGGCACUGAACAUCCAACAGGGCAGCUGGUGUCACUCAAGAAGUGGACACUGGAGGGUCAGGUGGACAGUCUUUCAGUGACUCCAGGGCCCUUGGGUGUUCCUGAACUGAUGGUGUCUCAGCCGGGCUGUGCUUACGCCAUUCUCCUGUGUACCUGGAACAAGGACGCCGGGCCCCCUCCCACCUCUGAGGGGGCCCCGGAGGGCAGCAGGGAGGCCCCGGCUGCCCGAGAUGUCAUGUUGCACCAGACUUCAGGCCGCAUCCACAACAAGAAUGUCUCCACCCACCUCAUUGGCAACAUCAAACGAGGCCACAACUCUGAGAUGGGCGGCUCCGGCCUCUUUGCCCUCUGCACCCUGGAUGGGACGCUGAAGCUCAUGGAGGAAGCGGACAAGCUGCUGUGGUCGGUGCAGGUGGAUCAUCAGCUUUUUGCCCUAGAGAAACUGGAUGUCACGGGCAAUGGGCAUGAGGAGGUGGUUGCCUGUGCCUGGGAUGGACAGACAUAUAUCAUUGAUCACAACCGCACCGUUGUCCGCUUCCAAGUGGAUGAGAAUAUCCGAGCCUUCUGUGCAGGCCUAUAUGCCUGCAAGGAGGGCCGCAACAGCCCCUGCCUCGUGUACGUCACAUUCAACCAGAAGAUCUACGUGUACUGGGAGGUGCAGCUUGAGCGGAUGGAGUCGACCAAUCUGCUGAAACUGCUGGAGGCUGAGCCAGAGUUCCAGAGCCUGCUGCAGGAGCUGGGCGUGGAUCCUGAUGACCUCCCAGCUGUCCGCGCCCUGCUUCACCAAACCCUCUACCAUCCAGACCAGCCCCCACAGUGUGCUCCUGCAAGCCUCCACGAUCCCACCUAGCUGGAUUUGCCCUCUUAG